ACCUGUCAACAAUUUGUUACCUAUUUCCUGUCACCGCUAGCCGAUACGACCGAUAGUUUCAUUUUCGAUCAUUGACUUUGCCACGAGUAUUUACGUGUCAGAGAUAUUUCAAGUCAGUUUAUUAAAUUUAGUACACAGUACAGUUGAUGUCUUGAAACUUGCAGAUUGCUUCGUUAUUUCAUAUAAGCUAUCCAAGGAAAAUGAUUUGGUUGCCCAUUUUCUUUUUUUUGCUGUCUAAUGUCUCUGGUAAAGAUGAUUCAAAGAAAGAUUCAAUAGGUACAGUCAUUGGUAUUGAUUUGGGAACUACAUAUUCAUGUGUGGGUGUUUUCAAGAAUGGCAGAGUGGAAAUCAUUGCAAAUGAUCAAGGAAAUCGAAUCACUCCAUCCUAUGUCGCAUUUACAGCUGAAGGGGAAAGGUUGAUAGGAGAUGCUGCAAAAAAUCAACUCACCUCAAAUCCUGAAAAUACAAUUUUCGAUGCCAAGCGGCUCAUUGGUAGAGAUUGGAAUGAACCUACUGUACAAAGAGAUGUUAAAUAUUUUCCUUUUAGGGUCAUGGAGAAGCAUAGCAAGCCCCAUAUUGAAGUUGAUACCACACAGGGUAAAAAGAUAUUUGCACCAGAAGAAAUUUCAGCCAUGGUACUGACAAAAAUGAAAGAAACAGCUGAAGCUUAUCUAGGAAAGAAAGUGAGCCACGCCGUUGUCACUGUUCCAGCCUAUUUCAAUGAUGCCCAGCGUCAGGCGACCAAAGAUGCCGGAUCCAUCGCCGGAUUGAAUGUCUUGCGAAUCAUCAAUGAGCCGACAGCAGCUGCUAUUGCUUAUGGAUUGGACAAGAGAGAAGGAGAAAAGAAUGUCUUGGUGUUUGAUCUGGGUGGUGGAACCUUUGAUGUCUCCCUAUUGACGAUAGAUAAUGGGGUUUUUGAAGUUGUGGCCACUAAUGGCGACACUCAUCUUGGUGGUGAGGAUUUUGACCAGCGUGUCAUGGAACAUUUCAUGAAAGUAUAUAAGAAAAAAACAGGCAAGGAUAUAAGAAAGGACAACAGAGCAGUCCAGAAAUUGAGACGAGAAGUUGAGAAAGCUAAACGAACCCUCUCGUCUGCGCAUCAGGCUAGAAUAGAAAUAGAAUCUUUCUUUGAAGGAGAUGAUUUAAGUGAAACAUUGACUCGAGCAAAAUUUGAAGAAUUGAACAUGGAUCUCUUUCGUUCCACCAUGAAACCCGUUCAGAAAGUACUGGAAGAUGCAGAUCUUCAGAAGAAGGAUAUUGAUGAGAUAGUUCUGGUUGGAGGAUCCACCCGUAUCCCCAAGAUACAACAGCUGGUAAAGGAAUUCUUCAAUGGCAAAGAACCUUCCAGGGGCAUCAAUCCAGACGAAGCAGUUGCUUAUGGCGCUGCAGUUCAGGCUGGGGUUUUGAGUGGAGAGGAAGAUACUGGUGAAUUGGUAUUGUUGGAUGUAAAUCCUCUCACUUUGGGUAUUGAAACGGUGGGUGGAGUAAUGACUAAACUCAUACCUAGGAAUUCAGUCAUCCCUACCAAAAAGUCACAGAUUUUCUCUACUGCUGCUGACAACCAGCCUACAGUCACCAUUCAGGUAUAUGAAGGGGAAAGACCUAUGACAAAAGACAACCAUCUCUUAGGAAAAUUUGAUUUGAAUGGCAUUCCACCAGCCCCAAGAGGCGUGCCGCAGAUUGAAGUGACAUUCGAAAUCGACGUCAACGGCAUCCUGAAGGUCACGGCUGAAGACAAAGGCACCGGCAUCAAAGAGAAGAUAACCAUCACCAAUGACCACAAUCGUCUGACGCCAGAAGACAUAGAGCGCAUGAUCAAAGACGCCGAGCAGUUCGCGGAUGACGACAAGAAAGUGAAGGACAGAGUGGAGGCUCGCAACGAGCUGGAGUCGUACGCCUAUUCAUUAAAAAAUCAGAUCAAUGAUAAAGAGAAGUUGGGUGCUAAAUUGAGCUCUGUGGAAAAGGAAAAGAUGGAGGAGGCCCUGGAUGAAAAGAUCAAGUGGUUAGAAGAGAAUCAAGAUGCAGAGUCUGAAGAUUUUAACCGCCAGAAGAAAGAAUUGGAAGACGUCAUUCAACCAAUUAUAUCGAAGCUUUAUGCCGGAGCUCCACCCCCUUCGAGUGACGGAGACGAUGAGGGAAAGGAUGAACUUUAAAACUAUUCUGCGUAGGUGAAUAAAUUAUUUGCGUUUUAUUUCAUUUCAUUGCUCAUUUUGUUAAGCUCAAUAAUUGAGGAACAUUUUAACGCAGCUUGCAUUUUUUUUCUCAAAGGGGCUGAACCUGCAUAGAACAAGCUAAGAAGGAUGUUUUCUUUUUAAAAUUUUAUUUGAAAUUGUACCUACCUUUUGUUUGCAUCUAUUAUUUGUUUCUGUGUAAAUGUUCUUAAGUUUCAUAUCACAGUGUGCAUUUUUAUUGAAUUCAAGUGCUACUGACUUGUUAAACUGCUGUAAUCAUACAAAAUAAUUUUUCCCCUUCUUAAUCUAUAUCUCUGUAGUUUCGGUGUUCGGACCAGAUACUUAAACAAAUGACGGUUGUUUGCAUCAAAUGACUGUGCUUUGACAUUGGUCUCAAGUUACUCAUUAUUGCUGUAAAUAUAACUAAAAAGCAAGAUCUCCCAGCUGCUAAACAAAUCGUCAUUAUAGAACGAUUAGUAAAAGAUAAGUUUGGAGUCCAGUGAUUUUAUGACUUAUGCUCAUUCCUAUUUUAUUUUUAGAUUUAGUCCCGAUUGAGCUGUGACUGAUUCAUAAUCCUUUAUUUAAAAUACUUGACACAUCAGUUGUUAGUUCAAAAGAUUUGGUACUGAGAGUAUACAAUAAACAACUAUUUUUCAAGUCCUUAUUUUUUUUUUAUUAUUAAAAGUCCUUAAUUUUUGCUUUGAUAUAAGUGUGGCAACCCUGUGUUUAAAUAUCUAAGAUUUAAAUCUAUAUUGAAUUUUUUUUACAAUGAUUUGGCAUAUAUAUAUAUGAAGAAAAAAAACUUGAGUGUUACUUUAAAAAUUAUAUAUAUUUAAAGAAACCAUUGCGCACAUCUUAAAGUGAUGUUAUUUUUUUUCUUCUCCUCAUCUGAUUUUUCAUCUUUUUCACAAGCAUUUGUAGAGUGAUAUAUUGAGCAGACCUUUACACUGUUUUUUUAUUUAUUAGAAAUAUGUCCUACUUAAGUUAGCCUUUAAAAUAUUUUUAUUGUGAUCUUUUUCUUUCUUUCGCUUUACAAUUUUUAUAUUAAUUACUGAAAUAGCUGUCCUUGUCAUGUAGAUUUGGUUUUAUUUUAUUUAUUCUUUUUUUACACAAAAGCCUUUUAUUUUUAGUUGUUUAGUAAUCUUUUCUUAUGUUGAGAACAAAGUGUGUUUAUACGAACAACAUUCCAAAUAAAAACAUUUUUUUACUCAUGUA